AGCGUUGAUCCUUGGGUAAAAUGGCUGUCAGUGUGUUUGUGAAAAUGUCCAAAUAAGUUCGAUUUUUUAGAUAAAAAACGAACUAAGCUAGCUUUUUCAAUGUUUAUAGAGUAUAAUAAGUCUUAAAUUCAAAUUGUGUCAAUAGGAAAAGGUAGUAAAUAGCGCAUUUAUAGGGAAGGCAAAGGUUUGGAGGUAGCCUUAGCAAGGAGACCUCAUCACAAAGGUACUGGAAAAGUAUUUCAUCAAAAAUAUGUCAAAUGAUGCUGUCUAUUCUUUAAUAAGAUAAGAAUACAAACAGCAGAAGGGCAUAAAAAUGACAGACACAAGAAGACGAGUGAAGCUAUAUGCUCUUAAUGCAGAUAGGCAAUGGGAUGAUAGGGGAACUGGCCAUGUCUCCUCUUCUUAUGUUGAUAGACUUAAAGGCAUUUCUCUACUUGUAAGGGCUGAAAGUGAUGGGUCACUCUUAUUAGAGUCCAAAAUACAGCCUGAUACAGCUUACCAGAAGCAACAGGACACGUUAAUAGUAUGGUCAGAAGGGGAUAACUUUGACCUGGCACUCAGCUUUCAAGAAAAGCUUGGUUGUGAUGAGAUUUGGGAAAAGAUCUGCCAAGUCCAAGGCAAAGAUCCUUCAGUUGAGAUUACCCAGGAUAUUGUGGAAGAAUCUGAAGAUGAAAGAUUCGAUGAUAUGUCAGAUAGCUCCCCACCAAUUGAACUACCAAGUUGUGAACUUAGUCGUUUGGAAGAUAUCAGUGAAUUAAUUGGCAGUUGUUUGAGCUCACCAAUGCGCAAAGAAAAAUUGGCAGCUGCUAUAGAGAGUGAGGGUUAUAUCCGUAAACUGAUCAACUUGUUCCACAUGUGCGAGGACUUGGAAAGUUUGGAAGGUCUCCACCAUCUUUAUGAUAUCUUUAAGAAUAUAUUCCUGUUAAACAAGAAUGUACUUUUUGAUACCAUGUUCAGUGACGACUUGAUUUUUGAUGUUGUGGGUUGUCUGGAGUAUGACCCUAGCAGUCCUCAGCCUAAAAGACAUAGGGAAUAUCUAAAGCAGCAGGCAAGGUUUAGGGAGGCGAUACCAAUCAAAAACCAGGAACUGCUGAGCAAGAUACAUCAGACGUUUCGAGUGCAGUACAUACAGGAUGUCGUUCUUCCUACACCGUCAGUGUUCGAGGAGAACAUGCUUAGCACAUUGAGUUCGUUCAUAUUCUUCAACAAGGUCGAAAUAGUGAGCCUGCUGCAAGAAGACGAACGUUUUCUCACAGAACUGUUCACCACAUUGACUGAUCUCAGUACCUCGGAAAGUAAACGAAGGGACCUGGUGCUGUUCCUGAAGGAGUUCUGCAACUACAGCCAGAAUCUUCAACCGGCCGCCAAGGAGUCUUUCUACAAGACCUUGACGUCACUGGGCAUUCUGCCGGCACUGGAGAUCACAUUAGCUGCAGACGACCAGAAGACCAAAACUGCCUCCAUUGAUAUUUUGACGUAUAUUGUUGAGUUUUCGCCAAGCGUCGUUAGGGAAUAUACGUUGCAACAGGCUAGCAAUACGGAUGAGGACCAGAUGUUACUGAACAUUAUCAUAGAACAAAUGAUCUGCGAUACAGAUCCAGAGUUGGGCGGAGCCGUUCAGCUGAUGGGCGUGCUGCGGAUUCUAUUGGACCCGGAAAACAUGCUGGCGUCCGUGAAUAAGUCCGAGAAAACGGACUUUCUCAACUUUUUCUACAAACACAGUGUACACAUACUCAUUGCUCCUCUUUUAGAAAACACCGCCAACGAUAAACCACAAAAAGAGGACUAUCGUAGUGUUCAGUUACUCGGACUUAUCCUAGAGCUGUUAUCCUUUUGUGUAGAACACCACACCUACCACAUAAAGAAUUGCAUAUUGAAUAAGGAUCUCUUGCGGCGAAUCCUGGUACUGAUGAAAUCCACGCACAAGUUCCUGGUACUGUGUGCUUUGAGGUUUAUGAGGAAGCUCAUCGCGCUCAAGGACGAGUUUUACAACCGGUAUAUAAUCAAGGGUAAUCUGUUUGCGCCUGUGGUGGAAGCCUUCGUGAGGAACAACGGUCGCUAUAACUUGUUGGACAGUGCUAUCAUCGAAAUGUUCGAAUUCAUCAAAUUGGAAGACAUCAAAACGUUGUGCUCGCACGUAGUGGAGAACUACGGUAAAUGUCUGGACGAGAUCUGUUACGUGCAGACCUUCAAGGCAUUGAAACUUAGGUACGACCAACACCAAGAUAAGCUGAAAGAUAGGGAGAGGGAUAGAAAUAGUCUGGAUGGCGUACCGUCAAUUUUACGAAGCAGUCGAUACCGUCGCGAUCAAAGGCAGCUAGAAGAGGAAGAGGAGAUGUGGUUUAACGAAGACGACGAUUUCGAGGAAACUGGAGGUGGUCCUGGCGAUCAGUCGUCCCCAAUAGGUGUCGCUGCGGUAGUUACGUCGCCGAUGGUAACGACCGACACAGGGAAGAAAGGACCGACGUUAUCAGAAGCUGUACAAAUGAUGUCGGGCCAGAGCACCAUGGUGUGUACAAGUGACCUGAAAAAGUCUCCGAUGACGACAGAAACGUCGCCAGCAGCCUGCGUGGUCACAGAAACCUGCGUUGAAACGACCUGUGACUUGGACAGUUCACAUGUAGAACUAGGAAAUGAAAGCAAAGACGAAAUUGAAUGUGCAACGACAGCGACACAGCUGGAUGGGAAAACGACACCAUUGAAACGGAGUCUUGUUGACUAUGAUGGUGACUCGGAUGAAGAAGAAGAGGACACUGGUGGGGGGGAAAAGACAGAAGUUGCAGAGGAGGCCGUCGCAAAGAAACCCAGACUUUCGUAAGCCAGACCGGAGGCGUACUCAUUUUUUUUACAAGGUGAGAAAGAGAGAGAGAAAGGAAGCGAAUAAAUUGUAAAAAUACGAUUCCGUGUUUUUUUUUGUAAUUUUGUAAUGUGUGGUGGAAAAUUGUUGAGAUUCAUCUUAGUCGGUUAUGUGAAAAUAUACGAGAUUUUAGUAUUGCCUACUUUCCGAUUUUAUUAUUCAAUGAAAAUAACUCAUUGGGCGAGUUUUACAGUGCAGUAGUGUAGCUUUUUAUCGAAAGGACAUGCUAAUGAUUUUUUACAUGAGUAAGUGUUGUUAAGAUUGUGAUAUAUGCAAAUGUUGUGGGUAGCUUUACAAAUACGUUGAAUGCCGCCUUUAUUUAUGGAAUAUCUAUGAGUCGCAUAUAUCAAUUGUAAUAUAUCUCGCAUAGAGCAUCUACAUUCUACCUAAAUAUUUUCUGGCGCGAUUUAUCAUAAUUUUUGCCAAAUUGCAACCCAACCUGCUAAGCUCAAUCUCUAAGAAUAUUCUACCAAUGCAAAUAUAUACAGGGUGUUUGGUUUGCAGAAAUCUGAAAUUCCUUCAAUCAUCUAUUUUUAAAUUUAUUUAUUUAAAAUAAAACUUCUGAACACCAUGUAUAUUUUUUCAAAGAUGAACAAUGUUCUCAUAUAGUCCAGUGAGUUUUCCUACAGAAACUUUAGACCAAAACAAAUAGCUUCUGUGAGGCUUCAUGUAAUUCAUGUCUGCUAUAUCAACGUUCUUCUUAGAGCAAGUAUGUUGAAAAUUUGCAUACAUGUAUAUUAUGUCAAAUUAAAAGUUAUUUGAAAACCUAACAGUGAGAUUCGAAUUUCUUCCUUAUACCCAUGCAUUACCUCCUUGCUUAUGACAUUUGAUGUGUGAUAUAUUAACAUAUUUUUAUUAUGUUUUGAAACGUUAUUAUUUAAUUAACAAAGAAACCUAGGAGCCAGUAUUUACAGCAGCCUAAGCAAAAUCCUAAAACGUGUAAACUAUAUCAUAUAAUGUUAUUCUCCGAAAAGGUUACCAAAAAACCUCAAACUUCUGUCGAAAAGGAACAUUAAAAUGACUUCUUGAUUAAAGGUACAACACUGCGUUUCAUCAACUGCUGUAAGACAGCUAGCACGCUAUUAUUGAAAUCCGAGAGGAAUGGGUAAAAAGAAAAGUUAAUUCUAUUAUUACAUUACUGUAUGGCGAUACAGUAAUUCGUGGAAAUCCAUGAAAAAUAAAUUUAAAAAUGCAAGAUAAUUCAGAUAUAAUUGGUGUAAAAGUUACUGAAAAAAUACAGGAAGUGGUAUUCUUAAGUAAAAUAGGUAACUUCAAUUAUCUGGCUUGAAAGUUAUAAUGUAUGAAUAACUUUGUUACUUUUUUUUUCGUAACAACUCAGUUUUUUAUAAGUUUUGCUGUUUUAUUACGUAGAUGUAUCAAAAAACUACCUCUCUAACUUACCAGCAGAGAAAAGCUCGACGCAGUGUGAAUCACCAAGUAGUGUGUAAGGCAAAGUUUCCUCAUCGCAUUUAUUUUACAACGGUUUUAUGUUGUGUUUUUGUCCUCGCUUGAUUUCCUCUAUCGGCGAUUUCAUCAUGAACGAAAGUUUGAAAACAGAGCGCACAUGUUGCGUGACACUUGGAAAAUCACCUACAGAAAUGCUUUAGCAAGUUUAUAUGAAGCGAUGAGUGGUCCUCAAAUUUUUUAAGGAUAUUACCGAUUUCAGCAGGGAAGAAAAUCCAAACUUUACGUUCAUGAUGGACUCACUGACAGAGAUGAACAUAGAAUAAUCAAACUAAAUGAAAUUAUUGUGAAACAAAAGCGAUGAGGAAGCUGCACAAUAUUUUUUAAGGUUAUCAGCUGAUUUAUUUAGCAGACAGCUUUGUGCUGUCAUCUGUUUGGUAAAUUCCAGAUCUAGUCAGGAAAUAUGCCCUUGUAUAUUGGUUUUUUACUCGAUCAUUCUUUAAUUUGCAAAUUUACAAACUUGGACGUCUGUUCGGUGUGAGAUUAAUAAAUUGUAUGUUAACCCCCUGAAUCCUAAGUCGUGAAGAUAAUUUUAUUUUUUAUGAGUUCAUUUUGCUAUGUUUUAUGGACGUUCUAAUAAAGACUUUGGGAAUACUAGUUGUUCCAAAAGAAUUUCUUUCACUGUCUUUCAAGGCUUUAAUGGGUGCAUUUAGGAUCGCUUUAUAUCAGCUUUAAAUUAUAUAGACACUGGCCUAAAGCGCUGUCACGCUGCUAACAUUUUGCGAAUGUGAUCAAUAUGCAACAUCCUCAAAAAUGUGUGACGAAAUUUUGCAGUUUUAAACCUGAGCCGAUGUUUUCGUUUUAGAAAGCAACACAAUUUUAAAAUGAUAUAUUGUGGGCCACCCUCACCUUUCUUAUAAUUUGUCAAGUUAAAGUUACUACAGUUACAGAUUCUUUGAUUAUGAUUACAUCUAUGUAUAUGACCCACAGUUCUUCAUGAUGCAAUAGGUGAAUUGAGUGAUAGGAGUUCAUUAUUGGUCAAACUGACCAUUCAACCGAAAGUACAGCUGAUUUUAUGGAUCAAGUGUAAUAUAAAAUUCACCUCUCGAGUGAACUCAUUCACGACAUACCGCUUUAAAAACGCAUACAUUCGUAAAAGAAAUUGCGAACUUGAGCAUUAAUUUCUCGAUAAUUUUGAAACAUUGUUCGAUUAUUCCUAUGGAUUGGUCAAACUAUAUUGACAUAUAGUUUCAUGAAGCCUCAAGCGAAGUCCAGUUGCAGAUUUUUAUUCUAAAAUCACUGGAUUAUAAAUGAUUUCCUGGUUGUAUACUAUUAUUUUUUUAUUAAGUCUUUUGUGAAUAUUAUUCAUAAUAUCUAUAGAAUUGGUAGAAAAUGUGUAUACAUAAGGUGAAAUUUAUAUAUUCAAGUAGGCAUAUAGCGAUAAAUAUAUUUAAAUGGUAGAAUGAUAAAGUUUAUUAAAAAAAUG